AUGAACAUCUUGCCCAAGAAGAGCUGGCACGUUCGGAACAAGGACAAUGUGGCCCGCGUGCGGCGGGACGAGGCCCAGGCCAGGGAGGAGGAGAAGGAGCGGGAGCGGAGGGUGCUGCUCGCGCAGCAGGAGGCCCGCACAGAGUUCCUGCGGAAGAAGGCCAGGCGCCAGCAGGCGCUGCCCGAGCCCGAGGCGGCAGAGGCGGGCGCCCUGAGCGCCGGCCCGGUGGACCUGCUGCGGGGGCUGCUGGAGGACGGGAAGGCGGCCGGCGGCAACAAGGAGCACGAGGAGGAGCAGCGGCAGGAGAAGGAGCGGCGAGAGCGAGCGCUGGGCAUCCUGACGUACCUGGGCCAGAACCUGGGCCAGAGCGCGGCAGAGGCCCAGACGCAGCCCCCCUGGUACCAGCUCCCUCCGGGGCGAGAGGCCCCCCCACCCGGCCCAGGCCCGGAUGAGAAGCUCAAGAGCCGCCUGGACCCCCUGCGGGAGAUGCAGAAGCACCUGGGGAAGAGGCACAGCGGCGACAGGGACGGCCCGGGCGGCAAGGAGAGGAAGGAGGGACGGCCGAAACCGCGGCCCCCCGGACCCCCGUCCCUGGAGCAGCUCCGAGCUGAACGUCUCCGGCGGGAGGCAGCCGAGAGGGCUCGGGCCGAAGCCCUGCUGGCCCGGGUGCGAGGCCAGGCCCCCGGGCAGGGUCAGAAAGAAGAGGAGGAGCUGGACGACCGGCGGCGGCGGUACAACUCCCAGUUCCACCCCCAGCUGGCCCGGCGCCCCCGCGGUCGCGACCCCCACCUCACCCCCGACUCUUGA